AUGCCCAGAUACGAAGAAAACGUGCGGGAUCGCCGACGGCGUUUAAGCACUUCACAUUCACCUGUUCACGCAUAUUCCAGAAGGGCUAAAGAUGAUGAUGACGAUAGUUACUGCAGGAGAUUCAAAGAUGAUCGAUCGGAUGUGAAAUACAGUAGAUGGCACUCUCGAAGCCCGACCAGAUCGCCCCGGAGAGAGCAUAGAUCCUACCGUCGAAGGAGCAGGUCCAGAGGCUACGAUGACACGACAAGACGAAGAGACAAUUCGAGGAGCAGCGCACACCAGAGACGACCGAGGAAUAGGGGUGAGUAUGAUGACGGGGAUAGGCCUUCUAAGAGUCAACGUAGCGUGUCAAGCUCAAGGGCACGAUCCCCUCCACGCCAAAGAUCGCGGAGCCUGUCUCCCAGAUUUUCCAGACGAUCGAAGAAUCCGCUCCCAUCUCAGAAAGACACCUUCUCCAAAACCCCCAUUGACGCGACAUCAAUGACUUCCACAACACUUCCAGAAAAGGAAAAACCGAACUUUGCCAACACCGGUCUUUUAGCUGCGGAGACCAACACAGUUAAAUCAACUGAUGGCUUGACCUCCGUUGUCCUUAAAUACCACGAACCUCCCGAAGCUCGAAAGCCACCUGCAAGGGAUCCGUGGCGCCUCUACGUAUUUAAAGGGGAGGACCUACUUGAAACUAUACCACUGGGAGGAAGAAGUUGUUGGUUAAUCGGGAGGGAAAGAUUGGUUGUCGACCUACCCGUCGACCAUCCAAGCUGCUCCAAACAGCACGCUGCGCUCCAGUUCCGCUAUGUUGAGAAGCGGAAUGAGUAUGGCGAUAGGGAUGGACGGGUUCGACCUUACCUGAUUGACUUGGAAAGCGCUAAUGGUUCUACUGUAAAUGGCGAACUCUCCCCCACGGGCCGUUAUAUGGAACUUAUGGAUAAAGAUGUUUUGAAAUUUGGAUUUAGCACGAGAGAAUAUGUUCUCAUGCUCCCUCCAUCCGGUCGAUGA